UAUUGUGCUCUUAUGGCAGCUUCCACUCUAUCUGAUCCUCUUUGCUCAGAAGCUUAUUGAGGCUCCUCUAGGCUCUAAGUUGAAUCGGUGCGUGGUACUUACAAGAAAUAAUUAACGGCACUGCACGAGAAAAGAGUAAUAAUGGCUUUAACAUGGAUCGAUAAGUACAAGCUGAUUACCAGAAAUUUAGCCGAAUGGCUGGGAGAUGAGAAACUUAAAAGUAUCCUAAAAGAACGUAAUUUAAGACUGUAUUGGGGUACAGCUACAACAGGAAAGCCUCACAUUGGCUAUUUUGCUCCCAUGUUUAAGAUAGCCGAUUUUUUACGGGCAGAAACCGAGGUAACAAUUCUUUUCGCAGAUCUUCAUGCAUAUUUAGAUAACAUGAAAGCACCUUGGGAGCUUCUAGAGCUUCGUACUCAAUAUUAUGAGGCUGUGAUCAAAGCAAUAUUCAAGUCAAUCAACGUACCAUUGGAUAAAUUAAAAUUUGUCAAAGGCACAGACUACCAAUUGUCUAAAGAAUAUUCUUUGGAUGUAUAUCGUUUGAGCUCAUUGGUAACGGAGCAUGAUGCGAAGAAAGCAGGAGCCGAAGUCGUUAAGCAAGUCUCUAAUCCACUAUUGUCGGGUCUUCUUUACCCGGGUCUACAAGCCCUUGACGAACAUCACUUAAAGGUGGAUGCGCAAUUUGGUGGUGUCGAUCAAAGAAAGAUCUUUACUUUUUCAGAAAAAUAUCUAUCAAUGUUAGGUUAUGAAAAACGAAUUCAUCUGAUGAAUCCAAUGAUUCCUGGCUUGACAGGUGCUAAGAUGUCUUCAUCCGAAGAAGAUUCGAAGAUCGAUUUGUUGGAUAAUCCUGCAGCAGUAAAGAAAAAGCUGAAAAAAGCAUUUUGUGAGCCUGGAAACAUCACAGAUAACGGAGUUCUAGCAUUCUCUAAACAUGUUAUAUUUCCAUUAUUUAAAGAUGAUGAAGUUUUUAAUGUAUCAAGAACUGCAGAAUUCGGCGGUGACAUAUCCUUUUCUAAAUACGAGGAUUUAGAAGCUGCCUUUGCAAACCAAGAAAUACAUCCUGGUGAUUUAAAAAAUGCUGUAGAAGUGUAUAUUAACAGACUUCUUGAUCCGAUACGAAAGGAAUUCGAAACAAAUUUGAAACUGAAAUCGCUUGCAAGCAAGGCGUAUCCUCCACAGAAACAAAAAACUGCGGAGGUGGAAAUUACUCCUUCAAGAUUAGAUAUUCGAGUGGGCAAAAUAAUCGAAGUGAAGAAACAUCCCGAUGCAAACUCAUUAUACGUCGAGAAAAUAGAUUUAGGUGAAUCAAAUGGUCCACGUACUAUAGUUAGUGGUUUAGUUAAUUUUGUGCCUUUAAACGAGAUGGAAAACAGGAUGGUAGUAGUUCUUGCUAAUUUAAAGCCAGCAAAUCUCAGGGGAAUUUCAUCUCAUGGAAUGGUUCUUUGUGCCUCAGUUGAAGAACCAGUUAAACAAGUAGAGCCUUUAAGGCCACCUGCAGAUAGCAAACCUGGCGAUAAAAUUGUUAUCGACGGAUACGAAGAUGGAGUUGCGGAUGAAGUGUUAAAUCCAAAGAAAAAAGUAUGGGAGAAGCUGCAGGUGGAUCUUCUAGUGAAUGGAGAUGGCAUCGCUUGUUGGAAUGGAAAUACAUUACUUACCUCGAUGAAUGGCAAGAUAAUAUGUGACACGUUAAGAAACGUUCCGAUUAAAUAAUGCAUUCAUUGUUAACUUUAACGUUUAUUAUACUGGCCAACUAUGCUAUUGUUUAUACUUUUGUAAAAUUUUUGUCUUUCUCUUAUUUUUUUAAACAUUUUUUAACGAACGUAAAUACAAGUGCACUAUCAAUUUAAGAAAUUUGACCAAAUUGUAUUUAUAUAAAAGUAUAAUAAGUUCAAUAAACGAAUUAUGUAAGAUGUUAUCAAUAAAAAAUUUAUUAUUAGAGCGCAAGUUCUCUAAAAGAUGCUAAAUUGUUAAAAAAAUUGCGAAACAUUUCGACUAUACUAAAUUUUCUUCAGUUACUUACAUAACAAGUAAAACGUAUUAACAAAAAAGUAAUUUCACAGACGUUAGAAAAAUGUAUUGAACAAAUGUAUAAAUAAAUUUAACAAAUGAUUU